AUGGCUUCUUACCACACAGUUCCAACGGAUGAACAUACACCAUCACCGCCACCAGCUUUAUUUAAACCAAGACAAUCGAGUUCGUUUUUGGCCACUAUUAUGUUAACAAUAUGUAUCAUUUCAUUCGUUCUUCAGACAGAACUUGCUCAAUAUGUUCAAAAGACAACGAAUUAUUCUAAACCCUAUUUUAUCUUUAUGAAUAUUGAACACCUAUUGAUCUUCUCAUUAGAAAAAACUGCAACGUCAGUUCAAAACUCACUUCUUGAGCUACAAUACCGUGUACAAGGCAAUCAUGUGUCUCCUAUAGGAUUCAUGAUCAAGACGAGUCUAUGGCUAUCUGUGCUCUUAACAUUACCUGCUUAUAUUUGGUACUUGAGUGUCAAUUUGACAUCCAUGUCUAAUUUGACAGCCAUUUAUAAUACUGGCUGUUUUUUUGCCUAUUUGUUUAGUAUCUUGAUGUUACAUGACAGACUAUGUGCUUCCAAGAUAGCUGCUGUCAUGCUUUGUUUAGCAGGUGUGAUAGCCAUGGCAUGUUGGCCAUCGCAACAACAACAAGACGGAGGAGACAGCAUGAAGCAAGAGGAUUCAAGUGUUGCAGAAUGGGUUGGUAUUCUUGUGUCCUGUAUAGGUGCUGCAUUGUAUGGAUUCUAUGAAGUCUAUUACAAAAAAUACGCAACUCCUUCUCAACCCACUAUUUUGUUUGCCAACAUGGUGACUGGUAUUAUUGGUAUGGUCACUCUGUUUGUCUUGUGGAUCCCUUUUCCUUUGCUUCAUUUCUCUGGUAUUGAGCGAUUUGAAUUGCCUGAUCUGGAAACAUUUGGUUAUAUUUUAGCCAUUGCUUCUAUGAGUGUGAUUUAUAAUGCCACAUUCAUGGCUGUCAUUGCACUUGUCAACCCCGUAUUUGCAGCAGUAGGUGUCAUGUUGACUGUACCUGCUGUUGCUGUCACAGAUGUGUUAGUCACAGGAACAAUGGUACCUACAUCCACCCUGGUUGGCAGUGUCUUGAUCUUAAUAGGCUUUGUUAUCUUGAAUAACCAGAUAGGCCAUGAAGAAAAAAUAGAUCAAGAAUUAUCAUUAGAAGGACAAUAUCAUUAG